CACAUGCGUACUCAAGUGCGCCGCUCGGAGGCUCUACGGCAGAGCAAAUAUGGCGGCGGCAAUGAGGGUGGCGGCGGCCGGAGCAAGGCUCAGCGUUAUAGCUAGUGGUCUGCGCCCUGCGAUCCGCAGCCUCUGCAGCCAGCCUGCCUCCGUUAAUGAGCGUAUUGAAAACAAACGCCGCGCCGCGCUGCUGGGAGGAGGCCAGCAUCGCAUCGAUGCUCAGCAUAAGCGAGGAAAGCUCACUGCCAGGGAGCGGAUCAGUCUCUUGCUGGACCCUGGCAGCUUUGUUGAGAGCGAUAUGUUUGUGGAACACAGAUGUGCAGAUUUUGGAAUGGCUGCUGAUAAAAAUAAGUUUCCUGGAGAUAGCGUGGUCACUGGCCGGGGCCGAAUCAAUGGAAGAUUGGUUUAUAUCUUCAGUCAGGAUUUUACAGUUUUUGGAGGCAGUCUAUCAGGAGCACAUGCCCAAAAGAUCUGCAAAAUCAUGGACCAGGCCAUAACAGUGGGGGCUCCAGUGAUUGGGCUGAAUGAUUCUGGGGGAGCACGGAUCCAAGAGGGAGUGGAGUCCUUGGCUGGAUACGCAGACAUCUUCCUGAGGAAUGUCACGGCAUCUGGAGUCAUCCCGCAGAUUUCUCUGAUCAUGGGCCCAUGUGCUGGUGGGGCCGUCUACUCCCCGGCCCUAACAGACUUCACAUUCAUGGUGAAGGACACCUCCUACCUAUUUAUCACUGGCCCUGAAGUCGUGAAGUCUGUCACCAAUGAAGAUGUCACCCAGGAGGAGCUUGGUGGCGCCAAGACCCACACCACCAUGUCAGGCGUGGCUCACAGAGCUUUUGAGAAUGACAUCGAUGCCCUGUGCAAUCUACGGGAGUUCUUCAACUACCUGCCCCUCAGCAGCCAGGACCAGGCUCCCAUCCGCGAGUGCCACGACCCCAGUGACCGCCUGGUUCCUGAGCUUGACACCAUUGUCCCUUUGGAAUCGACCAAAGCCUACGACAUGCUGGACAUCAUCCACUCGAUUGUGGAUGAGCGAGAAUUUUUCGAGAUCAUGCCCAAUUAUGCCAAGAACAUCGUUGUUGGCUUUGCGAGAAUGAAUGGGAGGACCGUUGGAAUUGUUGGCAACCAGCCCAAGGUGGCCUCAGGGUGCUUGGACAUUAAUUCAUCUGUGAAGGGGGCUCGUUUCGUCAGAUUCUGUGAUGCAUUCAAUAUUCCCCUCAUCACCUUUGUCGACGUCCCUGGCUUUCUUCCUGGUACAGCGCAGGAGUACGGGGGCAUCAUCCGGCAUGGCGCCAAACUUCUCUACGCGUUUGCUGAAGCAACUGUUCCCAAAGUCACCGUCAUCACCAGGAAGGCCUACGGCGGUGCCUAUGAUGUCAUGAGCUCGAAGCACCUUCUUGGUGACACCAACUAUGCCUGGCCCACAGCCGAGAUCGCUGUCAUGGGAGCCAAGGGUGCCGUGGAGAUCAUCUUCAAAGGGCACGCGGACGUGGAUGCUGCCCAGAGAGAGUACAUCGAGAAGUUUGCCAACCCCUUCCCUGCUGCAGUGAGAGGGUUUGUGGAUGACAUCAUCCAGCCCUCCUCUACUCGCGCCCGAAUCUGCUGUGACCUGGAUGUCUUGGCCAGCAAGAAGGUACAGCGUCCUUGGAGGAAACAUGCAAAUAUUCCAUUGUAAACAAAUCAAAGUGCUGAGUUACUCUCUGGCCAUUUGUAGCCCAGCCCUGCCAUAUGCAUUCACGAAAAUCUAGGACUCUAAAUACCAGUAAUAAUUUGAAAUAGUAAAGUUUAUUAAAUUCUAAGAAUAUCUCAUUUGUGCCUUACUGUAAAAUUAUUUGCUUUAUUAAAAAUCUUGAUUGAUA